AUGAAUCCACAUGAUUGGAUCUGUUUGUUUCUGAUUUUGUCAAAGGAUGAACAAAACUAUGAGCCAAACACAACUCAUCUGAAGAGGUUGCUAGUUUGCUACAUCCAUGAUUUUGCAAAGAUGGAUGUGGAAAUCGCGUUUGUACUGAAAAACAAGUUGAUGCAUAAAAUUGAGGAGGAAUCGAAGGAUCUCAACAAGUUGAAGCUGGGAAAAAUCAAAAAGGAAAAUUUGAGCUUGGUAUACCAACAGAGAACUAAUCACACUGUUCAUAGGUGUAUGUUUUUCAUGCUGUACAACAACUUAUACUCAACUUCGGAUCUGACUUACAUCAUAGGAUUGAAUGAAACUGUUAAAACGAAUGAUGUUGUGGAUCAUAAAUGCUUUUCCGAAAUGAUCAAGUGGUAUAUUGCAGUCAGAAACACCCUUUUGAAUGUGAUGUCAAAACCUUUCACGGUUCAGAAGAGGCAACAACAAUGA